GCGGAGUAAUCAGCUGUUAAUUGCAAUGCCAACGAGUAGUUAUAAAUUGUUUCGUUUUAGUCAGUAGGACGCAAUUUUAAUGUUAUUUUGUUUUUCUUAGUUGCUUAGAUAAGAGUUACCUUUUAAAUUAAUGGUAUGAAGAGAAUCAAGGAAUGGCGCGAUGUCCCAUGUCAUCUGUCAGAUUUAUUCAUUCAUCCAUUGUAGUGCAGAAAAAAUGUGACUAGUUUGAUAGAAUUCUGUUUUAUCAUAUAAGUGCGACACGAACACCGCGUACGAUGACUUUAUAGUCUCCAAUAGUGUAACAGACUUACCGGUUAUUGGAUCGUAUACUUAUAAGAUAACAGCUGCACGUACCACAGUUGAUUUCCAGGGCCUAACAAUUCCCUCUACAAAGAAGCCGUGCGGCGUCGUUGGUGUGUAAUAUUUUGUUGGACGCUGAAGUUGCGUGAAGUUUAAUGUUACUUUAAGUGUUACCGUAAGGUGUUUAUAACCGUGAAAAUUGGAAAGAAAAGAAGAUGUCUGGUCGUGUUCGGAAACAAUCGGACUGUCCAGUCAGCAAGCAGGGGCCGAUGAGAGCGACCCUGCCCGUGUCUUCAGUAAUGAAACAGAGUGGUGGAUUUAAGAAAAAUUCUGGAAAUAGUCCGACACUGUCACCCACAAAUGUUUGGCGUCGAAUAUCACCUGAUCAUGCACUUUCUGGUCAACGCAGCCCUGGUGCUGUCAACUACAAAGGUAAAGGAAGGUUUGGUGCAAGUGUAAUCAGGCGCACAGCAUCCCUUGAUACUCUCUAUCACAAAGGACAAUGGUCUAGAGACUAUUAUCUGCAUGCUGGUCAACUACAAGUUGAUAAAUCAACUCAAACCGAUGAAGGUGGUGGAGCAUCUGGCCGUUCAUCACGGGGUUCGGAGGAUGAUAAACUGGAUCGCUUUCUGCGCAGUCGUCUCCAGAGACCUCACAAGACUUCUGCAUCUGGAGACUUCUCUGGAAACACAAUGAGCCCCGGAUUUUGGUCUCGGUUUGGAACUGGUGGUGUACCGCUUAGGGCAGCUCGUUCAUCAGUUGAGGGAUUAAAUCAAGAGAUUGAACGGAUUGUUCUAUGCCCGGCCAGCGGCACUCAGACUCCACAUCUUGAUCGGCUACGAGAUAAGGUGACACCGGAGGGCCAUCGAGCCCCACUCGCGGAAUUACUACGACGCUCCGUUAAUACACAGACCCCACAUGAUCUCUGUCACACGACACAUUCCUCAGAUCCUCCAUCGCGAGGGUCACUCUCCAGUGCGGGCUCCGCGGAGCUACUGGCAGCAGGUGGCAGUGUUUGCUCAUCUCCUGAUCUUGAUGGAUCCAAGCUCGGUACUUCUCCGCAGAUUAAUCGUUUCUUGGCUCGUGAACCUCCCGAUGGUUGUGAGAAGGUGAAUCUGAAGGCUGGCGAGGGCGCGUACACGGAGGCGAUGAUGAUGAAGCCGAGUGUGGCGGGCUUCACGCUGCGACCAUCACUCGGCUCCGCCUUCCAGCCGCUGCAGCCCGCCCCAACCACGCCCCCCUCUCCGCCCCCCACCUCCUCCUCACCCACACACUGACUCCACACGCACACGCACACAGGUAUUCUUAAUCUGGAUGAAAUGCUAAUAUACCCUACAUAUGUGAGAGAUAACCUCAAAAACUGAUGCCAAAAGCCCCUAACAAACAGUCUGCUGAUUUAAAACAACCUCAAAACGAUAUAUGAAAUGUUUCUGUUUGGAAAAUAAUGUAUUUAGAAGUUCUUAAUUAUUUAAAAGGGCUCUUAUUCAAUUUGAACUCGUGAGUUCUGUGAAAAAGAUUCAAAUAAGAUAAAAAGCAGUCUUAUUAGCAUUUUAAUCAGAUUAUACAGUUUGGAGUAUACGUUGAUGUGACACUACAUGUAACAGUGUUGCCUUUUAAAUAAUAAAAUAUUCAUUUGACUGGCAACACUGUCAAUAUUUUGUAGUGAACAUCUUAAUCUUGAUACUUUGACUUUGUAAUUUUUUUAAAUGAAAUGUUACUAUAUCGAUAUGAGUAUAAUUUUAUAAUUGAUGAUCGAAAUAAUGUUUUUACAAUCUUGUGUGCGGAUUUGAUCAAGAUUAGGAUGUCAUUGCGAUAAAAAUUCGACUCGGUGUGUCAAUUUUCCUUAUUUCUAUUGAGUAGUUUAAUUUUAUUUUUAAUAAUAAAUAAUUAUACGGUGGAUUAAAAAAUAUAUGUAAUGAACAAAACAGACAAGAAUUAGGCAUAUCAAAUAUCUUACAAUUUUUAGAAAUGACUUUAAUUCUUCAAAACAUGUAUAAUUUGUAAAAUACCCGCCAAGAUUUAACUCUGAAGUUAGUAACGAAUCUGCAGCAAUU